GCAGAUGAUCUUAUUACUCGUUGGACUGAUCAUCUAUUGCUGCGGACUAGCGGAAUAAGUAGCUCAGUGGGUCUUUGUCCGGGUUUUAUUUCUUGUGUCGAGAUAUUUAUUUAAACAUCAGUUUCAAGGAUUUAUUGUGUUUAUUUGCUGGUGAACAUGGGCUGCGCUGGAUUUACCUGCUCCAAGCACUCCCUGUGUGCGCUCAAUAUCCUCUAUGUUAUGGUCAGUCUCCUGAUGAUUGGCAUCGCAGCAUGGGGAAAGUGGUUUGGUCUGGUCUCCAGUUUCCAGGUGGUGGGAGGCAUCAUUGGUGUGGGUGUCUUUCUCUUCUUUGUGGCUCUGGCUGGCCUCAUUGGGGCAAUGAAGCAUCACCAAGUCCUGCUCUUCUUUUACAUGAUCAUCCUGUUCAUGGUAUUUAUUGUACAGUUUUCUGUUUCCAGCGCUUGUCUGGCUAUCAACAGAGAGCAACAGGAUCACCUGCUGGAGGUGGGCUGGAACAACUCUGAGAGCACCCAGAGAGAUGUGGAGAAGAGCCUCAACUGCUGUGGCUUCAAACAUGUUGACCCUAACAGCAUAUGUGAUGCUGCUUGUUUCCCCAACAGCUUCUGUUCGCCUUGUGCAGACCAGAUUAAGGAACAUGCUGGAGAUAUUCUCCGAUUUGUAGGAGGAAUUGGCCUCUUUUUCAGCUUCACUGAGAUCUUGGGAGUGUGGCUCACAUAUUGCUACAGGAACCAGAAGGACCCACGAGCCAACCCUAGUGCUUUCCUGUGAGACAGCCAAAGCUCCAGCCACUGACCAACAUCCAAUCACCUCAUCCCCAAACGACCUCUAUGGAUGUUCUGACUUGUGCAUUUUGACUGAUCACUGCAGUAAACCUGAUGUGUUUCGUUUUCAAGAGCUAAGUUAUGUGUGAGGAGCGGCGAACAUGCUGCCUUCAGCAUGACAUUCCCGCAAAAUACGGAUACAGUUAGUACACUGUGAAAUAAAAAGAAGGAAUACUGAUCUGCUAUAUAAUCCAGAAGUAUUUAUACACCCUGCCUGAGAGUUAACUCUGAACACUUUUUUGUCAUUUUGUUUCUUUUAUAAAACAGUCGAUUCCACUGGAAGCAAUAAUAUCAACCACUUCUCUGCACACUGAUAUUACAGAUUCUGAUGUUUUACCAUGUGUAGAAAUGUGAAUGUGUGAGGAGCGGCUUUGUUUGUAACCUGCAGAUGUUUUGCAUAUUUGAAAGUAAGUGUGUGCCUAUGAGUUUUUCUCUGUUUGCUGUGGAUUUGCCCUUUUGCAUGACUCUGUCCAUUAAAAUGUGGGCUACUGUAUAAAAAACUGCAACAAUGAGUCUGUAAGCAGUUCCUCUGAGCCUUUGUACUGGAAACCACACUAUGAUACUAAUCUAAUA